AAAAUGUGUGGGAAAGACUUCAGAGGUAAAUGUGACUUAACCAUCCACCUGAGAGUCCACACAGGUGAGAAGCCAUAUUUUUGCAAAAUAUGUGGGAAAGGCUUCAAACGUAAAUGUAACUUAACCCUCCACCUGAGAAUCCACACAGGUGAGAAGCCGUACGAUUGCAAGACCUGUGGGAAAGGAUUCAAUUAUAUAUCCACAUUGAAGAGUCAUCUAAGAACCCACACAGGAGAAAAGCCAUUUUCUUGCCAAACAUGUGGAAAACAAUUCAGUCACUUAACAUCCUUUACUAUUCACAGUAGAACCCACACAGGUGAAAAGCCAUAUUCCUGUGAAACAUGUGGCAAAGGAUUCAAAUGUAGUAGUGAGUUAAAAGUCCACAUAAGAACCCACACAGGUGAGAAGCCUUUUACUUGCCAAACAUGUGGAAAACAAUUCAGACACUUAACAUCCUUGACUGUUCACAGUAGAACCCACACAGGUGAGAAGCCAUAUUCCUGUAAAACAUGUGGCAAAGGAUUCAAAUGUAGUAGUGAGUUGAAAGUCCACAUAAGAAGCCACACGGGUGAGAAGCCGUACCUUUGCAAGUACUGCGGACAAAGAUUCAGUAACAAUUCAGCAAUGACAAGGCAUUCAAUAAUCCACACAGGUUAAAAGCUGUGUAUUUGCAAAAUAUGUU